AUGCCGUUCAACAUCAACCACGCAACAACAAUAACAACCCCCAAUCGUAACAAGACCUCCAACAACAAUUGGCAGCAGUCUUCAUCGCCAAAUUGGCAAACCUCUACUCAACAACAAAACAGAUCACACUCGUCUGGGCCAAGGCCAUAUCUUGGACGUUGUCAGAUCUGUGGAUUUCAAGGUCACGGUGCCAAACGCUGUCCUCAGUUACCGAGCUACCAAUCCUCUAUCGCUCAACAACCAAGUCCUUUCACUCCGUGGCAACCAAGGGCGAACCUUGCAGUCAAUACGCCCUACUCACCCAAUCAAUGGCUCCUCGACAGUGGUGCUACACACCACAUGACUUCAGACCUCAACAAUCUUGCUUUGCAUCAGCCAUAUUAUGGCUCAGAGGAUGUGGUCAUCGCAGAUGGUUCUGCAAUUCCAAUUACACAUACGAGGAUCUCAGCACGAGAAUCCCCUUACUCCAAGGCAGAACUAACAAAGAGUUGUAUGAGUGGCCAAUUACACGCUUCCAAGCCGCUGCCUUGUCUGCUUCACCAUCCUCCACAACGUCUCUCGGCUCCUGGCAUGCUCGUUUGGGGCAUCCCUCUUCCUCAAUUUUAA